GUAAGCUCAGAGAAUAAUAUAAUUACGUAUGCAUAGAGAUAAAGAUUAGGCCCAUUAGUUUUCUAAACUGAAAGCCCAAAUACAGCAAUGGAAGAAUUAGGCCCAUUUUCGUGAGAAAUGGGCCUAACCCGAAUUGGUAGGGAGAGAAGAAGAGACAAAGUUGAAAAACGGCGUCGUAUCGAAAGAUAAAAAACAAUUGAAGACGACGAAAGAGACAGGUCUGUGGACCGACGGAGGAGUUGCUGAGUCACCGCCGGUGAGCUAUCAGUUGGCGCCAGGAUCGUUUUGGAGAUGGCCGUUGAAUUUGAUGCAUAGUCGAUAGUUUUGGUGCAUAAUCCUUUGAUUAAAAUGGAGGGGUGUUCAACUUCAGUAUCAACUGAGGUUCAAGACCCGAAUCACCAAAAUGCUGCUAUUCGUGAUUGCGCUAACUUACCGGAUACAUCUGCUUUGCCUCCUGAGAGUGAGGUGGAGGAAAAGCAAGAACAAGGGGGUGAUAAUGGGAACCAGAAUGUGCACGAGGAAGAAGACGAUGAUGAAGAUACGGAUUUCAAUCCUUUUGUUAAAGAAACUGAUUAUGUGGAAGCUUCUUCAAGCCUGAGUUCGGAAGUCGAAGACUUGGAUACGGAUGUUGCUGAUAGUAGGGAAAAACCUUGUGCCGAAAUUGAUUUAAAUUUCAAGGAAAAGCAUGGAGAUAUUAUGAAAGAUUGCCAUACUAGUAGAAGUGUUGAAAUUGGAGAAGAAAUAGUGGAGCAAACCACAUUUUCGUCGGGAGAAGCUUGUGGGAAAGGGACUGGUACAACAUGUGAUGUGACUUCGGAGAAAGAAUUGGUAUUGAUUCCUCAGUCGGAAAACGGAUUUCUGUGUAGCCAGGAGAAUAGGCUGACCAAUUUGACAGAUGUUGGUAGCAAUGGUGCAGAUUCCAAGAAACCUAUGGUUGAUAUGGAUACUGACGAUGCCAUAUGCAUGCGGACUAGGGCUCGAUACUCUCUUGCAAGUUUCACACUUGAUGAACUUGAAACUUUUCUUCAAGAAACUGACGAUGAAGAUGAUCUUCAAAAUGUUGAUGAUGAAGUGGAGUAUAGAAAAUUUCUUGCAGCUGUUUUAAUGGGUGAUGAUUCCGAGAAUUUACAAGGGAAUGCAAAUGCUGAUGAUGAAGAUGAAGAAAACGAUGCUGAUUUUGAGCUUGAACUUGAAGAGGCACUGGAAAGUGAACCGGAGGAGAUUGAAGAACGGCGCACGACUAGGCGGAAUAGAUCCCAAAAAGCUUCCCUUGCACGGAACAAGAAGCUUUCAGGACAGUUGAAUAGACCAUUGCGCCCUCUCUUACCGUUUGCAUCAAUUGGGUGUUUUCCAGCUUUUGAUGGGAAAAACCUUCCGCCCAACAUCGCUCCAUCUUUUAUGCCUCCUGUAAAUAUUGGGUUCACCCCGCAUCAGAUAGGACAGUUGCACUGUCUGAUUCACGAGCAUGUGCAGUUGCUUAUUCAGGUGUUCUCUAUCUGUGUUCUUGAGCCGGAUAAGGGACAUAUUGCUGCUGAUGUCAAGGAAUUAGUUGUGGAGAUGCUCGAAAAACGAGAUCAAGUUUUGACCAAUAAAAUGAUUCCAUAUCCAAGCUUUUGCUUCUCCCCACCAUACAUUCAUCCUUCUGCCACAGAUGGGCAGAAAAUGUUGCCACCAAAUGGUAGAGGGCUGCAUUCGGACAUAAGUUCCUCGUCAAGUCAAAGAAAUAAAAAUGUAAUGUCUGAGCAGGCAAGCUCUUCUCAAACUACCGAACGCACCUCAUGGGUACCUUACAUUUGUGGCCCUAUUCUGUCUGUUAUGGAUGUAGCUCCACUCAGAUUAGCUGGAAACUAUGUAGAUGAGGUUUCUUCUGUUGUCCGAGCAUACAAGCGAUCUCAAAUUGAAGUUGGUUUUGAGAAUCUCCUUCAAAAGGAACCCUUGUUUCCUCUUCAUAGUUCUCCAUGUUCUGCUGAAUCUGAUGGUCAAGGUGAAAUAGAGAACACUCCUCAAGAUUCUAAUAGGAUAAUUUCUUGCUCUCCAAAGAAGACAAUGGCUGCAGCUCUGCUUGAAAAAACCAAGAACGAACCAGUUGCUCUUGUUCCUAAGGAGAUUGCUAAAUUAGCUCAGAGGUUUUGGCCAUUGUUCAAUCCUGCCCUUUAUCCUCACAAGCCACCUCCUGCCUCACUUACAAUUCGGGUGCUUUUUACUGAUGCAGAGGAUGAAUUACUAGCAUUAGGGUUGAUGGAAUACAAUAAUGAUUGGAAGGCUAUUCAGAAACGAUUUCUUCCUUGCAAAUCUAGGCAUCAGAUAUUUGUGAGGCAGAAAAAUCGUUCAUCAUCAAAAGCACCCGGAAAUCCAAUAAAGGCUGUGCGGACGAUAAAAAAUUCACCCUUGAGCUCUGAGGAGAUAGCUCGUAUUGAAAUGGGGUUGAAAAGGUUUAAACUCGACUGGAUAUCAAUAUGGAGAUUUUUCGUUCCUUACAGAGAUCCUUCGCUUCUUCCACGGCAGUGGCGCAUUGCUUGUGGCACACAAAAGUCAUAUAAAUCUGAUGCAACCAAGAACGCGAAGCGGCGCUUAUAUGCAUUAAAAAGAAAAACUAGCAAACCUUCUACUUCAAAUCGGCAUUCGUCGACCGAAAAAGAGGAUGAUAGCACUGAUAACGCCGUAGAAGAAACUAAGGGUGAUAAUCACUUGAGGAAGGAAGAUGAAGCUUAUGUUCACGAGGCGUUUUUGGCAGAUUGGAGGCCGAAUAACAAUGUUUCUUCGAGUCUUCCGACUUCCCUCCCCUCUCAUGAGAAUUCUCAAGCCAAAGAUAUCCAACCCCAGAUAAUUUCCAACUCUCCAGCUGCUUCAAGACCAGCAAAUUCUCAAGUAAUCCUUCGACCCUAUCGAACUCGUAGACCAAACAACGCACGUCUGGUGAAAUUAGCUCCCGGUUUGCCACCUGUAAAUCUCCCUGCAUCUGUUCGGAUUAUGUCGCAGUCAGAUUUCAAAAGCUCACAGGCUGUUGCUUCAGCAAAGAUUUCUGUCAACACUUCAAGAAUGGCUGGAGCAGUUGUAGAAAACAGAGUUGCCUCUUCAGCAAAAUCUGUACCGAGUACGAGCAACUCUGUUUGUAUUACUGCUAGUAAUAAACGUGUAGAAGUACCAGAGAGAGGUGGUGAUUCUGUUCUUCAGAUGCAUCCUCUGUUGUUCCAAUCACCUCAAAAUGCAUCCUCUAUUAUGCCUUACUACCCAGUGAACAGCACUACUAGCACAUCGAGUUCUUUCACUUUCUUUUCUGGAAAGCAACAACCGAAACUAAGUCUCGGUCUUUUUCACAAUCCCCGACAUAUAAAAGAUGCUGUGAACUUUCUUAGCAUGUCUUCCAAAACUCCCCCCCAAGAAAAUGCUUCAUCGCUCGGUGUUGACUUUCAUCCCCUUCUACAAAGAAGUGACGAUAUAGAUACUGCCUCAGCUCCUUCAAUUGCGGAAUCAUCUAGGCUAGAACGUUCUUCGGGUACAAAAGUUGCGAGCCUUAAAGGAAAGGUUAAUGAACUAGACUUGAACUUUCAUCCGAGUUUCACAUCCAAUAGCAAACACUCCGAGAGCCCAAAUGAUUCUUCUAAAAAUUCGGGUGAAACUCGAAUGGUUAAAUCAAGAACCAAAGGAAGUAGGAAAUGUUCUGAUAUCGCAGGUAGUAAUGAAUCGAUUCAGGAAAUUGUAAUGGAACAGGAAGAAUUAAGUGACUCUGAGGAAGAAUUUGGGGAAAAUGUAGAGUUUGAGUGUGAGGAGAUGGCUGAUUCCGAGGGAGACAGUUUAUCCGACUCUGAACAAAUCGUCGAUUUACAAGAUGAGGAUGAAAUGGAUGUGGAUAUAGAUAAUACAAGUGAGAAAGUGAUUAAUGUGAAGCCGAAGAUUCUAUCUCUGAAUCUGAAUUCAUUCCCACCACUUUCCCCAAAUCCGAACGAAUUUGAACCAUUUGGUGCAACGUCAACAUUUGCCCAGAAUCGACCUAUUCCUAGUUCAAAGGGCUCGUCUAGCAAGAAUGUAAAACCAGGUCAAAUCAAGAAGAGCUCUAAGGAUACUACUUUACCAAGAAAUCCCAGAAAACGUGUUUCCAGAUCGAAAUCCAAUUCGAUCCCGAAAAUGGAGAUGAAUGUGGAAAAAAAGUCGAAGAAUGUUAGUACAGAUGAAUAAUGUUAACUGGUUGAUGAUCAUUUAUUAGUGUGCAUUUGCCUCUCAUCUCUCUCUUGUAAUUUUUUUUUUAACUGUACAUACUAGAAUAUUCUGCCAUUUUAUUUUGAAGAAAUUAGCACGAA